CUCUUUGCAAAAGGUUUAUGUAUUUUAAAGCUUUUUUAAAAAAUAUACAUUUCUUUAAAAAUGAAACAUAUUCUAUAGUAGAUAUUAACCAAGAGAUUCUAAGUUGUUUUUCUUCAAAAAAAAUCAUAAAAUUUGCAGCUUUCAAGUUUUAUUGUGGUAUAACUUUUACUAAAACCCCACAAUGUCUAAAUCAAUCGGUAACCUUUAAUAAUUGUCACAUGACCAUGACUGUGUGAUUGUGUAUGAACCGCAUGUUUGCAGGGUUUCCACUGAAUCACCGAACGUAACAACGUAGAGUCAACCGUAAGUCACACAAUAGAAAACUGUUGACCUCAAGCAACAUGAAUGUACAAAACUGUGAGGAAAUCCCCGGACCCUGACUGGGUGAAGGGGAAGUAUGUGUACAGCUAUAUAACGGGAUCCCUAGUUACAGAUACUGCAGACGGUAGAUGCUAACUGGACAGAUCAAUAUGAAGCUGCAAUCUGCUAUCAAAGCUUUUGGAUGUCUGUGCCUGGUGUUUGCUCAUGGAUUUCCAGUUUCAGAGUUUGACUCUCCAAAGAUUAUCGGGCCUCUGCACAGCCACAUAAAGGUGGAUCCAGGUGAGCAUCUGAUUCUCCGCUGUGACGCAUUACCGAACUGCGACGAGGACGAGGCUCUCAUCUACUGGCUCGUCAACGGCACUUUCCCCGAAGAAUCACCCAGCCAUGGCAGAAUAAUCGAAUCAAACGAGUCAUCUUUAAUGGAGGGAUUGGUCCUACAGAAGAAUUUGCUCUUGAAAAACGUCGCAUUGGAGGACUUCAGUUCCAACUUUAGCUGCGUUGUAACAAAUGCAGUAGGAAUGGCGCAGAAGUUUAUAAAGUUAGCAUACACUGAUUGUAGUGGGAAACAAUAGAGGCACUCAAGGCACCUGCUGAACAAAGUUCAUUUUACAAUAUGCACUUAUAACAUGAAUUGUAUGUUGUUCUGGUUCAAGAGUAUCUUUAACUACAGAAGUAGUGUAGAGAAGAAAAAAAAAGAUACAAUGCAAAACACUGGCUUCGAAAGGUAAACAAACAAGCGCUCUAAAUGCAGCACUGAGGCACUUUACAUUGACUUCUGUGUAAAAACAAAAUAUUACAAAAAUAAAUCACUAAGCUUUUCACUCUUCUGUUUUGUUUGCUGAUAUUAUGCUGUUUUGAAUUUAAAUAAAACCUUAAAUAAAUAUGUGCGAGAUGGAGGCUUGGGUAAUGUAAAACAUGGUUUCGUCUCCCACAAGUUAUUUCUUUAAUACAUUUAAGCGGGCAUUUUUGCAAUGCUUGCGCAUAAUUAGGCCAGAGUAGUCAGGCGCUCUGGGAAACAAAAGGAUCAAAUUUGCACCGUCAGAACAAGCCAGAUUUUUUUUCCACAUGUACCAAAAAGAGUAAGAAAUGGUUGUAAAUACAUGCGUUUACGCUUCAUUUUAUCCCCUCUACAGUGUAUAUAUUUAUACUUUUAUGUUUGUAUGCUGUGAGCGCUUUAAACCAAAGUCAAAUUAUUUCUGCACACAAUCUUCACUAAUAAAUUCUGAUUCUGGGUAUUUUGUCCUGUCUGUAAUUUUAGAACAA